AUGAUCAAUUACACCAUCGCAUCACUGCCACCUUGGAAUGCUGGAGAGGAAUAUUACGGAACGUACAACGGAACUGUUCUCUCUAACAAUAGCUACACUGAUAAUAAUUCAGGAUUGGCAUUAGGACAGUAUAUAUAUCUAUAUAUUAGCUUAUUAAUCAACAUUUUGGGACUUUGGUGGAAUGGGACUGUCAUCUGGCUGCUUGCCUUCUGCAUUAAGAGGACUCCUUUCACCACUUACAUCCUGAACCUCUCCAUAGCUGACUUUGGUUUAAUCAUAGUUAAUCAUAUUUGGAAUAUAUUGUCACUCUUAGGAAUACCUGUCCCCAACCCCCUUCUAUUUUCCAUUCUUUUUCUUAUCUUCCUAUUUUUGCACAGCACGGGUCAGUUUCUACUGACAGCCAUCAGCAUUGACAGGUGUGUGGCUGUCCUUUUCCCACUUUGGCAUCGAUGCCACCGACCACCAAAUACGUCCACCACUGUGUGUGCCUCAGCAUGGGUAUUUUGUUUCCUUUCCCCUGCAAUUCACCUCACGCUCGACCUGGCUAACUUAAAAGAUGGCGAUAUCCUUAACAUCCAGUUUGUUCUGAAUGGCUUCCUUUGCCUUCCACUCAUGACUAUCUCUGCUCUCAUCCUCUUCAUCAAAGUCUGCUUUAAAUCACAGCAGAGGAGGCAGGGUAAACUUAUAGCAGCCAUCUUGUUGGCUCUCCUCUUCUUCAUCAUUUGUUCUUUUCCACUCAAUGCCCUUUUCAUCACUGUUUUUGUUCUUCAUUCAGAACCUCCUUCUUUCUUACACUAUGCCUUCAUCCUUGCCUGUCUGAACAGCAGUGUUAACCCUUUGAUUUAUUUCCUGGUGGGAAGACAGAAGAGAGGCAGGUGUAUGCAGAACAUGAAAGCCAUACUCCAGAAUGUUUUCAAAGAGGAUGAAAACCCCAGUGAGGCAGUGGAGAUCUCUUUGGAAACUCAGUUAUGA